AUGAAGGAUGCCGAUUUAGCGCAACUGCCUCCAGAUUUUGGAGUAAUGGAUUACAUAUCUACUCAACAAGACGAUUAUAGAAAUCCUUAUCCAUCUGUGACUAAACCGGGUAAGGCUAGAGGGAGUGUCACUCUUACUGACUUAACCCCCCCCCCCCCCGUUCCUUCUCCUGCUUUAGGUCGUGGCCGCAGUGCCUCAUUGCGCUUGCCCCGUAACCCUUGUAAACAUAAGCCCUGUAGGGACCCGUCUAUGGUGGUCUAUUGGCUCUUUGAGGCGCGCGCGGAACGCUACGCGCCGUACGCUCUGGUCUGGUUCUGGUCGGGCGGCGAGCUACCUUUACUCGCCGUCCGAAGACCCGUGCUUACGGUGGCCGGAGAUCAUCUCUCGACCUACUUGUUGACCCUGAGAAGUUACUUGUUGAUGAUGUCUUCUCCGCCCUGGCUGCUCAACAGGGUGAUUCGAUCGGACCUCACUCACAACCACGGCACAGCACCACCGCGUGGCGACUAUCAGUGUCUGGACACACACACGCCUAUAGGUCACAUACGUGAAAUGAGAUUAUUCCGUUACCAAUCAUUUGAUCCCUCAACGUGUCUUCAGAAUUUCCCCAGUUUUGAGAAAUCUUUGGACACUAAUGAAACUAAGAAAAUAUGA